AUGGAAAAGGUGGCCUUCGUCCGUGGCCUCACCAAGCUCAAGAAGGAAGAAUUCACCAUUGGCUCUUUCAUCUCGGAAGCAGUGAUGGGUGCUCACGUCGCUCUUUUCUGCGCGGCCAUGUCUGCGCCUCAGGCUGCAGGCAUGAGGCAAGAGGGUCGGCAGAUCUUCUACCUCGACGAAACAUGGGUGACGGCAGGGCACACUGUCUCGACGGUAUGGGUGGACUGCACCGUGACCUCGUCCCACGACGCCUUCAUGAGGGGUCUGACGACGGGCCUGAAGCAGCCGUCGGGGAAGGGCCAGCGCCUCAUCGUCACGCACAUCGGCUGCGAGGACGGCUUCGUCGCUGGGUGCCUGGACGUCUUCCGCGGAGUAAAGACCGGCGACUACCACGAGGAGAUGAACGGCACACGAUUUGAGACGUGGUUCGAAGCUGUUCUUCAGAUGCUGCCGACAGGGAAUGUCAUCGUAAUGGACCAUGCUUCCUACCAUUCUCGGCGGUUGGAAGCAGUGCCAACGACGGGUUCCCGGAAGGAGGUGAUCCAGCAGUGGCUCACGUCAAAGGACAUCUCGUGA